AUUUAUAUCGUUGCUCGAUCAACUGUUUGAAUGAAGGUCAUAAUAUCGAUAUAAUUCGAUAAGCCAUUAGAUAGUUCAAUAAAAAUAGAUAAAAUCGACGAUCGGUAGCCAGAUUGUUGACAAUUGAUCAUUCGACUGCAUCGAUUCAUCAUGGAUCUUCAAAUGCGACUUGGUUUCCUACUUCUCCUUCCUAUUUUUUUUACCGCUGCCUCUGCGAACCUUCUCGAUGUCGGGGAAAACGACGUCAUGUCUGAGAAGGUAUCGGCGAAUGUUAAUAAGUUGUUCGACGCGAUGUUACCCACGAUUCGCAAGUUUAUUUUGAAGCAAGGAUUAGAUCCUAUGAAAUUGGAGGAUGUAUCUGAAAAACUGUCAGGACUAAUAAUUCACGACAGAACUCUGAGUUUAACGAAGGGCUGGCUUCAAGGACUAUCGAACGUAAGACGAGCAAACGAUAUUAUUUUAUCUUACGAAGAUGAAAGUCUCACUUUGGAUGCUACUUUAGCGUUUGACGUUCUUGACGCCAAUUACGAGUAUCUUAUUAAAGACUUGUUGAUCACGAAGACGGGGGAAGUUCAUGGUCGUCUCAAAGAUAUAGAGAUGCGAUUAAUCAUCGCAUUCGAUAUGAACAACUAUAAAAUUUUCGUCCCUAUGGCCAAGAUCGUUAAAAUCGAUAAAAUCAACAUCAUUUUUGAAAAUGAUCCGAUAGUGAAUGCUGCGGCCAAAGCCAUUACUACGAUAUUUCGUAAAAGCAUAACAGAUAUGGUGAACAAAGAGUUUUGGAAAGUAAUGCAAGAAUACGUUGAUAAACUCAACAAAAAGAUUCCGCAACCGGACCAACUAUUGGAAAACGACAUUAUCUAGUUCACGAUUUUAUCUAGUUUAUCGUGUAAUAACUGUUGCAACUCUGAUGAAAGAUUAUUUGGUGAUUCUUUUUGACAAAUGUAAAAAUUCAAAAUAAUAAAGAGAUUUUAUAUCUUUUUUCGACA